AAUACUUUUUAAUUCUGUCUCUAUAAAAACAGUUUAUAGUAAAUUGAUAGAUGAAUUUUCAUAAGGACUGCCACCAUGAACAGUUUCUUCAAAUUAGGGAGAAGGCUAUCUAACUGUUCUCGUGAAAUUAGUGUGUUUUCAACCUCCCAACCAAAUGGAACAAAUCAUGCUUGGCAUAAAGCCGUCUCAGAAGCUGAGAAAAUUGUUGGAUUUCCGACGUCUUUUCUAAGUUUAAGAGCUUUAUUGAGUGACGAGUUUGGUGGACUUGCAUUACACCUAAGAAAACUGAUAAGCACCAAACAUCCUUUACUAAAUACAGCAAGAGGUAUCGUGUUCGAUUCUAAAAAUUAUUUACAAACAAGAGGAUUGGUUGUAUUACUUAUUUCAAAAGCAGCUGGAAUCACAGAUAUAGAAAGUGAUUUUACCUCAACAGAGAUUUAUGAAAAACAACGUGCUUUGGCUGAAGUUACUGAACUAAUUCAUGUUGCAUUCCUCGUCCAUAGAGGCAUUGUGGAUGUUAAUCAGAUUGUUGGGAAUGUAAGUAAAACAGAUAUUGACUUUGGUAACAAACUUGCAGUAUUAGGAGGUGAUUUCUUACUUGCUAAUGCAUGUACUGGCUUAGCAAAACUGCAAAACACUCAAGUUGUAGAUCUCAUGUCAACAUCGAUUAAAGAUAUAUCAAGUUCACUUGUAAUUCUACCAGAAAGUGAUUCAGUUUGUGAUGUCGAAAUGCUUUCGGGACUUCCUAUGAACGAAAAUAGCUGGAAAGAGACAGUUCACCUUUCAGCUGGAAGUUUAUUAUCGAAUGCCUGUCGCUCAGCGAUGUUGCUUGCAUCGUCAGAUGUUAAACUUCUCGAAUCUGCGGAAAAGUUUGCGCAUCAUCUUGUACUCGCUCAACAAGCUCGACACGAUUCUUUGAGGUUUGAUACAUUAGAAGCCUUGGAACAAAAACCUAAUUUUUGUUGCCUUUGUUCACUGCCUGUAGUAUUACUAGGAGAACAAAAUGGUGGACUCGAAUGGAUAAAAAAAUUUGCUAUUGAUGAAGGUUUAAAGAAUGUUAAAAUAGAUGUUGAAAAAUUAUUCCACACUGUAAAAAAUGAUCCAAAUGCUUUGCAACAAUCACAUAAAUUGUGCGCAAAUCAUGUUGAUAAGGCUUUAAAUUAUUUGCAUGUAUUUCCCCAAAGUGAGUCUAAGGAUGCUUUAGUCAAUAUACUAUUUUCUGUUAAGGAAUAGAAUAAAACUGUAUAGAAUAUAAGCAUUGGUA